AUGCGGCAGGUCAUAAUUCCUCCUUUUCUCUACUUCCACUUUCUGCAAACGGUCGAUGCACGUGACGCCCACCUCCACGAUAACAAUCUCCCCGGUGACCUUAUCGUGGACCACAAUAUCGGGUCUGUUGUGCUGAACAACAAUCGAGGUGCGUAUGGGGGUAUCCACCUUAAUGCAGACCUUCAAGUUCUCACACACCGAUUGAACUCGAUGGGUUCGCAACUUUCUGGACCACCUCAAGCCAUACUUAUUGCAGAGCAGAAGAUGGAGGGGCCUCACCACCUCGUUAUGCCUCCAUGUGUAAUCAUGGACCACAUCAAUAGAAUUGCCAGCUACCAGGGUGCCGAGGAUAGAAAAAAUAUUUUCGAACUGAGGGACCUUAUAUCUCCUUUGACUGCCGACUCGGGCCGUGCUCUCCUGGAUUCGAUCAAUCGGCUUUGCUCUCGAAUUGUCACGGGCGCCAUCCCUGCUGUUGCGAGGGAUCUCCUAUUUUCGGCCAAUCUAACAGCUCUCCGUAAGAGUGAUGGCGGUUUACGGCCAAUUGCAGUUGGUAAUGUCUUCAGACGCCUUGCUGCCAAAAUAAUGUCACGUCGUGUUAUUCCGCAAUUGUGUCGGGAAUUCUUGCCAUUCCAGUUCGGCGUUGGUGUUAAAGGGGCCUGUGAAGCACUAGCUCACGCCUCUCGCCAGGUGACUAUUUCGAAACCGAAGAAUGUACCCUUCUUGCUUAAGCUCGAUGUCAAGAAUGCUUUUAAUAGUGUCAGAAGAGACCACAUGCUUGAGGCUGUUGGUGAACGUUGCCCUGAUCUUCUCCCAAUUGUAUCCUUGGCCUAUUCCUUGCCGAGCAGCUUACUUUUUUCCGGAAAAGUUAUCAACUCUGAGUGUGGAAUCCAACAGGGCGACCCCCUCGGUCCUCUACUAUUCGCUGUCUGUGUUGAUCACGUUGCACGUGGCAUUUCUUCGCCUAUCAAUUUUUGGUAUUUGGAUGACGUCACUCUUGGUGGGCCUUUAGAAGUCAUUAUGGACGACGCCUCGAAGAUAAUAUCUGAAUUUUUGAAGAUUGGCCUUUCUCUAAAUGGUGCAAAAUGUGAACUAAUCGGACUUACGGAGCCGCUAACCCAACAGAGUGAGGUUUUUAUGGCCCUUUCGGAGAAAAUUGACGGCCUUCGUAUAACCGCUCUCGCGGAUCUUGUGAUUCUGGGUUCACCGAUUUCUGAUAAGGGAAUUGCGAAGGCUAUCGUUUCACAACGAGAUAAGAUUGCUCCUCUCUGCGACCGAUUACGACUGUUUGGCUCCCAUCUGGGGCUGUUUUUGCUGAAAAACUUUCUUUUUAUCCCCCGUUUAACCUUUUUGCUCCGAACGUCUCCUUGUUUUCGCUCACGUCAAGAACUUUUGGAUUUGGAUGACGCGGUUACAUCAUCAUUACAGUUACUACUGAACACUUUGUUCACUGACGUGGGACGUACACGUGCCGCACUUCCACUCCGCUUUGGUGGCCUUGGGGUUCGUUCUUGUGCAGAUCUUGCUUUGCCUUGUUAUCUCUCGUCGAUGUCUGCUUCCGGCAAUUUCGUUCGCUCUGUUCUUAUCAACUCACUCGAACUUGAUGAGCUUACGGAAUACCCUGUUGCUGUUCUCGCCUGGAGAUCGCUCGGACUUGGCCUUCCGGAGAUUCCUUCAAUACAGAAGAGUUGGGAUGUCAUCUGGUGCACACACCUGUUGGAGAGUCUUCGCACGCGAGUCGACCAGUUGGAACUGGCUUCUUUGAACUGUGUCUGUCAGCCUCACUCAGGAGACUGGCUAAACGCACUUCCGUUGGCGUCCAAUGGUCUGCUUAUGGAAGACGAAACUAUACGUAUCGGAGUGUGUCUUCGACUUGGACUUGAAAUCUGCCAACCUCACCGUUGUCGCUGUGGUUUUUUGAUUCCUUCGAACGGUUUACACGCAUUGUCCUGUAGGAGGAGUGCUGGCCGAUUUCCCCGCCACGUCCUCCUCAAUGAAGUGGUGAAAAGGGCUUUGGAUUCUGCGGGAUUCCCAUCGACCCUUGAACCUAUUGGGCUCUGCCGCAGUGACGGAAAGCGUCCUGACGGAAUGACUAUAUUCCCCUUUAGAGGAGGAAGGUCUCUUGUUUGGGAUGUAACUUGCGUCGACUCCUUUUCAGAUACUGUGCUCACAGGAACAGCCAGUACACCAGGCUACGCAUGUGCGCUGGCAGAAGAAAGGAAGUUGACGAAGUACGCUGUGCUUCCGAACGUCGUUGAGUUUGUCCCCCUAGCCUUUGAGACCUCCGGUGUGGUUGGAAAGAAGGUAGAAAAUCUGUUACGGGUUGUGGGAGGAAGAAUCUCACAGAAUACAAAUGACCGGAGGGAGACGAGCUGGCUUUUCCAGCGCAUCUCGGUUGCAAUUCUUCGCGGGAACUGCCUCUCUAUCCGCAGUGCUUCGUCGUCGGACUAA